AUGGAUGAGGAAAACAUGACGAAAAGCGAGGGGCAGCAGCCUCUGAGUUUGCAAAAAGCCUUACAGCAGUGCGAGUUGGUCCAAAACAUGAUAGACCUCAGCAUCUCCAACCUGGAGGGGCUCAGAACCAAGUGUGCCACGUCCAACGACCUCACGCAAAAAGAAAUCCGGACCCUGGAGAGCAAGCUGGUGAAGUACUUCAGCCGGCAGCUGUCCUGCAAGAAGAAGGUGGCCCUACAGGAGCGCACCGCCGAGCUGGAGGGCUUCCCCCAGCUCCGGCACUGGUUCCGCAUCGUCGACGUGCGCCAGGAAGUCCUGGAGGAGAUCCCCCCUGGCCAGCUUAGUCUGGAGGAGCUGCUGGACAUGACGGAAGAGCAGGUGUGUGAGACCGUGGAGAAGUACGGGGCCAGCCAGGAGGAGUGUGCACGCCUCAACGCCUCCCUCUCCUGCCUCAGGACCGUGCACAUGUCAGGAGGCAACCUUUCUAAACAAGACUGGACCAUCCAGUGGCCCACCACGGAGACAGGGAAGGAGGACACCCGCGUGUGCCCCCCGGAGCCAGCCCCUUGGAUCCGCACCCACCAGAGCCCCAAGGUCCAGCCCAAGUGUGUCCAGCACUACUGUCACCCCAGCCCCAGCCUUGGGACCCCCGUGUACACCCACGUGGACAGACUGAACGUGGACACCUACCCUGGCCUGUGCCCACCACCACUACCACCACCACUGGAGUUGGGCCAUCGGUCUCUGCCCCCGUCGCCCCGGCAACGGCACGUAGUCCGCACCCCACCACGCACUCCUAAUAUAGUCACCACCGUGACCCCACCCGGCACGCCGCCCAUGAGGAGGAAGAACAAGUUCAGGCCUCCGGGUACCCCGCCGCCCUCAUCCCGAAAGCUGAUCCACUUGAUCCCAGGGUUCACAGCGCUGCAUCGGAGCAAAUCCCACGAGUUCCAGCUGGGGAACCGCGUGGAGGAGGUCCACACACCCAAAGCCAAGAAGAAGAGCAAACCUCUGAACCUCAAGAUCCACAGCAGCGUGGGCAGCUGCGAGAACAUCCCCUCCCAGCAGCGCUCACCCCUCCUGGGCGAGCGCUCCCUCCGCUCCUUCUUUAUGGGACAUCAGGCCGUAGCGCCCUCCACGCCCCCGGUCCACAGCGAGAGCACCCCCUCUGCAAACACUCUGUCGGUGCCACGCUGGUCCCCGCAGAUGCCACGCCGAGAUCUGAGCAACUCCAUCAAGCACAGGUUCUCCACCAAGUACUGGAUGUCCCAAACCUGCACCGUCUGCGGGAAGGGGAUGCUCUUUGGCCUCAAAUGUAAAAACUGCAAGUUAAAGUGCCACAGCAAAUGCACCAAAGAAGCCCCGCCCUGUCACCUCCUAAUCAUCCACAGAGGAGGUAAAGUGUGCUGCCCAUACUAAAAUCCCCACAUCACUGUUUUCGUCCCUACGGAUCCAACAAGGUUAAUCCGGACAGAGUCCGUCCCAUGUGACAUCAACAACCCGCUCCGGAAGCCGCCGCGCUACUCAGACUUGCACAUCAGCCAGACGCUCCCCAAAACCAACAAAAUCAACAAGGACCACAUCCCAGUCCCUUACCAGCCGGACUCCAGCAGCAACCCGUCCUCCACCACUUCCUCCACGCCCUCCUCGCCGGCACCCCCGCUCCCACCCAGCGCCACACCGCCCUCUCCCCUGCACCCCUCCCCGCAGUGCGUGAGGCAACAGAAGAACUUCACCCUGCCAGCAUCCCACUACUACAGAUACAAGCAGCAGUUCAUCUUCCCAGAUGUGGUGCCAGUGCCGGAGACGCCAACCCGGGCGCCCCAGGUCAUCCUGCAUCCGGUGACCUCGAAUCCCAUCUUGGAAGGAAACCCAUUACUUCAAAUUGAAGUGGAGCUGACCUCAGAGAAUGAAGAAGGCCACGACCAGGCCGAGGAGUCUGAAGACGACUUCGAGGAGAUGAACCUGUCCCUCCUCUCGGCCCGGAGCUUCCCACGCAAGGCCAGCCAGACCAGCAUCUUCCUUCAGGAGUGGGACAUCCCCUUCGAGCAGCUGGAGAUCGGCGAGCUCAUCGGGAAGGGCCGCUUCGGGCAGGUGUACCAUGGCCGCUGGCACGGCGAAGUGGCCAUCCGGCUGAUAGACAUCGAGAGGGACAACGAGGACCAGCUCAAGGCCUUCAAGCGGGAAGUGAUGGCCUACCGCCAGACGCGUCACGAGAACGUGGUCCUCUUCAUGGGCGCCUGCAUGAGCCCGCCCCACCUGGCCAUCAUCACCAGCCUCUGUAAAGGACGGACGCUCUAUUCCGUGGUGAGGGACGCCAAGGUCGUCUUGGAUGUCAACAAGACAAGACAGAUUGCCCAAGAAAUUGUGAAGGGCAUGGGCUACCUCCACGCCAAGGGCAUCCUCCACAAGGACCUGAAGUCUAAGAACGUCUUCUACGACAACGGCAAAGUGGUGAUCACAGACUUUGGGCUCUUCAGCAUUUCUGGGGUGCUGCAGGCUGGCAGGCGGGAGGGCAAGCUGCGCAUCCAGAGCGGCUGGCUGUGCCACCUGGCGCCCGAGAUCAUCCGCCAGCUGUCCCCCGACACGGAGGAGGACAAGCUCCCCUUCUCCAAGCACUCUGACGUCUUUGCGCUCGGCACAAUCUGGUAUGAACUCCACGCCAGGGAGUGGCCUUUCAAGACCCAGCCAGCAGAGGCAGUAAUCUGGCAAAUGGGCACCGGCAUGAAACCUAACCUCAGCCAGAUUGGCAUGGGCAAAGAAAUCUCGGACAUUCUUCUUUUCUGCUGGGCUUUUGACCAAGAGGAGAGACCUACCUUCACCAAGCUCAUGGACAUGCUGGAGAAGCUGCCGAAGCGGAACCGCCGCCUGUCUCACCCUGGACAUUUCUGGAAGUCGGCCGAGUAG